GUCAAAGGAAGAUGUUACUAUAAACAAUGUUAUUUCGAUAUUUUCAUUUUGCAUUUUGAUAAGUUUUGAAGUUACAAAAAACCCAAAUGUUUGAAUUUUAUUAAAUAAAAAUAAAGAUUAUCUCUACAUUAAAUAGCUAAAAUGAUAGAUAUCGAGAAAACUUGUCGGACUUGUAUGAAAAGCGAUGUUUCUUUGGUGGAUUUGUUUGGUCCUAUUAAAAUUGAGAAUAAUAGUUCUUUAAAACUGGCAGAUGCGUUAAUGGAAGCUACUCCUUUACAGAUAGCCAAAGAAGACGGCCUCCCACAAAACCUCUGUGACGAAUGUGUGAAAGCCUUACAAAUAAUGCAUAUAUUUAGAACCCAAGCUCUCCAUGUCGAGAGUGAAUUGAGAAAACUAAUUCUUUCAAGUGCUUCUAUAAAAAAUGAAGAAAACGACUAUGACUUAAAGAAUGAAUUUGAUUACAUGGGUGAUUAUGAUGAUUUUAGAAUUAAUGAUGUACUGUCGAACGAAGAAACAAAAGACAAAACCUCAUACAGCUGCAAUACAUGUAAAAAAAAGUAUACAAACUAUGAAAAAUAUUUAAAACACAAAUCAGUCCACGAACCAACUAAAUCAUGUCCAAAUUGUAACAAAAAGUUUUACAGGAAGUCGUUAUUAAAGGAACAUAUGAAUAAGAGUUGUGAGCUUAAUGAUAGUAACAUUGAAUCUGUAGGAGCUGACAUUGAAGAAGAAUUAGACAUUAAAGUUAAGUUGGAAGAUGAAGAACAUAAAUGUCCAGAAUGUUCUAUAACUUUUCAAUCACAAAAAUAUUUACUGUUACAUUUAAAAGAGCACAAGAAAACAAAUUUGGUGGAACAGAAACUCAUAGACUCAAUACAAGAGCACAAUGGAACCAUAGACAAUCUAGAGGCAGAAAUAAAAAUAGAAAGUUCCACUGAUCAGUUUAAAUGUUCACAAUGCAAUCUUGUAUUUGAAAAGUAUAGGUCUCUCAUAUCACAUUCGAAGAAACACAAGAAUCUGUCCAAGAAUGGCAUUUUUAAAUGCAACUACUGUGAUAGAGGAUUUUCCUCUAAAGGACCUCUCAAGAGGCACUUGUUACUUCACUCCCAAGAAAGACCAUUCAAAUGCACGAAAUGUCCAAAGUGCUAUGUUCGGAGGGAUGCUCUUGUUGCUCAUAUGCGUAAACAUAGUGAUGUUAAGAGGUACACCUGUGAACAUUGUAAUAAAGCAUUUAUCCAGCUAUGUACUUUAAAGGAUCACAUCAGAACUCAUACAGGAGAGACUCCAUUCCUCUGCUCUGAGUGUGGGAGAGGCUUUAAAAACAGUUCCAAUCUGAGACAGCACUUAGCACGUCAUUCGGGACUCAAACCAUUUGCAUGUAAUCUGUGUCCUAAGACGUUUUGUACCAAAGGUCAAAUGAAAUGUCACAUGGUGUCACACACAGGUGUUCAACCGUACAAAUGUAAUGAGUGUGGAGCAUCUUUCACAAAGGCAAACUCUUUGAAAAAACAUAAAUUAAUACAUCUUGGAUUAAAACCUUUUGCCUGUGAUAAUUGCAACAUGAGGUUCACGGCGAAGGAUCACCUGACGCGCCACGUGCGCACGCACACGGGCGAGAAGCCGUACCGCUGCCCGCACUGCGCGCGCGCCUUCACGCAGAGCAACGACCUCGCCAAGCACGUGCGCGCGCACGUCGGGCAGAACAUCUACCAAUGCACAGUUUGCCAAGCCAGAUUCCGGCUAAUGAGAGAAUUAAGGCUUCACUAUCCCGUUCAUUACGCCGGCACCGAAUCCGCUGCCCUCACCGACAAGGAGGAGCCGUUAGUCAUACUAAAAGGAUGUUCUGAUUCUAACAUCGAUAAUAAUAUCGAUAAAACGGCCACAGACGCACAAAUAACAAUUACGUUUAAUAGAAAUAUUCUCGAUAAAGAUGGUACUGGUGAUAUUACUAUAAAUAUUGGGCCUGAAAAGAUUAAUUAGUGGAUUGUUUUUGGGGACAUAUACCAAAGGACAUAAAAAUAAUGUAUACCCUAUUCCGAUCGAAGGAGUACCUAUAAACAAACCUUAGAUUUACAUAUUAUAGGUUUCUAUAUUAUGCAUAACAACACACAGUACAGUUCUUGAUCUUUAUAAUAAUUACGACAAUGUCAACGACAAUAUUCCACUUUACAGCUUACUUU